GUCCUGUGUCUCCUAGUGUGCCUCUGGGGGCACCUCCCAGGGGCCGCGGGCUUCAGGAAGAGAGGACCCACCGUGACCGCUAAGGCCUUUUAACAUCUGCAUGCGAAAAGUGUUGCUGUUGCAUAGGAGCCCUGCCCGAAAAAAAGCUGGCCACCACCACCACAUAUGUAUGUGUGCUUGUAACAAUACCAUCAUCAUAAUAUCAUAUUUAUAAAAGGACUUGCUUCUCGCCUCCCUUUCUGGAGAGCGAUCCUGAUUAAAAAUCACUGUGCUUGGGCUAGGCAUGGCUGACGACACGCUUCAUGUUGGAUAAAUUUGACACGCGUGAAAGGAUCUGCAUAUCAUCUGAGAACCAUAGGCUGGACGUGAGCCUACGACUGAUACAGUUCAGGAUGCGUGGAGCAAGGUUCUAUCCAUCUAGGCUGGUGCUGCUAAUUGUUAGAUGCAUGGCGUUUGCUUAGCCACACCACUUAAUAUUUUUACCAAAGAAAAAUUAUUGGGGAUGAACUGACAGUUUUAAGGAACAACUCAUUGAUUACAUUGUGGAUGUGCAGAUGUAUGCAGCAGAGACUCCUGUAAUCAUAAUGAGGAAGGUUAUUACUUCGCUGAUUUCCUCCAUAAAAGUACUCCAGAAAGCUGAGGAAGCAGCAUGGAAGGUGACCCAGAGGGGCUACAGGGGCAAGACAGAAUGGGGAAAAGGUGCCUCCCUCCCCUUUCCAAUUGUGAGAACCUCUACUGGAUCAAAGGCCCUUGCGGGCACCGACGAACAUCUUCCAAGAAUAAAAGGAAAGGCUUUGGCUAUAAAGGAAGCAAAUUUCAUCGUGUAAUCAAAGAUUUCAUGAUUCAAGGAGGUGACUUCACAGCUGGAGAUGGCACUGGGGGAAUGAGCAUCUAUGGAGAUAGGUUUCCUGAUGAAAACUUCAAACUGAAGCACUAUGGUAUUGGAUGGGUCAGUAUGGCUAAUUCUGGCGCAGAUACUAACGGCUCCCAGUUCUUCAUUACUGUGACAAGACCUGGCUGGUUAAAUGGAAAGCAUGUAGUAUUUGGGAAAGUCAUUGAUGGAAUGUCAGUGGUGCAUGCCAUAGAAUUUCAGCCAAUAGAUGAAUAUGACCGGCCUCUUCAAGACUGUGUUAUUGUUAACAGUGGAAAAAUAGAUGUAAAAGAACCAUUUGUGGUUGAAGUAGAUGACUGGACAAGUUGACAGCAACAGGAGCAAAGGAACUGCAGUGGCUUCUCCUCUGGGUAAACGUGAGAGUAUCUGAAAAUACUGGUGAAAGAGAAUGUGGAGCACAGAAGAUUACAGGUGGAAAAGAAAGAAAUGCUCCGUUUCAAGCAUGUGUCACAGUUCUCUUUUCUCAAUAUAAAGAAUACUUGACCUCUUCUUUCUAGUGCUUUUUAUGAAAGGGGGUUCCCCCCACUUAUUAGCAUUACCUGCCUAAAUGAUAAACGUGCAAUUCCUGUAACAUAACAGAUUAAAUUUGUUGACAUUCAAUACAUGCAAAAUGUGAACAUUUUACUGUUAGCAACAGGAUUAUAUUAUUGUUAAGAAUAAGUAUACCCACUGCUAUGUAUUUAUGCUUUAUACAGACAUUAAAUCUUUGCUAAGAAACGAUUCUUGUUUUCUGAAAAUAUGCCAUUUACCAUGUGUAAACAAAAAACAGUGCAGAUGGCUCUACGUUGCUCUCUUGGCUUCCCAACAUCAUGCACUGCCGUAGCUUACUAAGAAAAAGAGGAGGGGGAAAGGUGGGAGGAGCUCAUUGUUGUGCAGCACUGAUCUGACGCUCUGGUUGCUGUGUGCCACACCACGCUGAGCUCCUGUGCCUCACUGCGCCCCUGUUGGGAAGCUGGGAAAUGCAAUGCAGCCCCAUCUGUACUGUGCCACCAGCCCCUACUGAGUGUAAAAUAUUCCUAUCAUAGGUUUUCAAGAUGCAAAACUAUAUUCUUUGGCUGUAUUUGCAUAUAAUGCAAAGGCAUGAUUAUUAACUGCUUUGUGCAUGAGCUAGUAGCUGAAGAAGAGUGCUGGGCUUCUGUAGUGCCCCCUUAGUCUCCCACACUGCCAAGACCCCUGUCUUUUUUCACUUUCAAAGACUCCUGUCUUAGCAUGAGUUAUGAACCAGCUAUCAGGGUUUAAACUAAACUUUAGUUAGUUACACAAGCCAGGUGCAUAACCCAUGGUUUGACAUAUUGUUUAGAAACUUGUGUUAGAAACUUGUAUUAGUGAAUAAAAUUGUUGUACGCUGACAAUAAAUGUUUCAACACAAAAGGCCAUCUUGAUCAAGGUUCCAGCUUCUGCCGUUUUCCUCCCUGCUCUAGCCAACGCCUGUACUCCUUGUUCCUUCCAGCCCAGUUCUUAAAGAAGCCUUAUUCUCACAAAACUGAUCAGAGUUUGUUUUAAAGUACAAUCUGCAAUUCCUUUAUCAUUCUUAAGUCAGGUUUCUUUGGAAGUGAAACUAAAUGCUGUAGAAGUUUCUCAAAUACACAGGAUGAGUGUGUAUGAGAGCCUGAUGCUUUGUUUGACCUUGUUCUAAACUACAGUUUAGUAUUGUGUGAAUGAGCCCAUUCUCUGGGCACAAUACAGCCAUAAUUUUAGAUCAUGGAGUAAAUGCUGGGCCAUGCAAGCAGAUUCAUUAUCUAAAAAAUUAGUAGCUAUGUUUUCAAAGUCAAGCCUUCCUUGCUGACUUCAGUGGUAUUUAUUCACGUCACUAAUGAUUCAAGUGAAAAUAUAUUAAUGGAAAGACCAUUAUUUUCCAAAAUAGUUAGUUAUGCUGGAGGCAUCAGGGAAUUGCCCUAGAGCAGGGGUAUGGAAUCUUGCUCUUCAUAUGUCAUUGAACUACAACUCUUUUAAGCCCCAGCUACUAUGGCCAACGGUUAAGGAUACUGGGAAUUGUAGUCCAGCAACAUCUGCAGGGCCACAGGUUUCCUGCCUCUGAUCUAGAUGAAAAUCUGAAAUGUAGACUCUUUUCAAGCUAGCUCUGAACCCU